GUGGACGAUAAUGUAUAAAAGUGAAAUAAAACACAUGUAUUGCCUCAUUACUACACGUGUCUCAGGACGCUCGGGCCACGAUACUUAGCAUGAGGAAACUUCUUUUACUAAGCCUUUUGGGCUUGUGUUUGGUACAACACAUAUCGGCUGGAGGUAGGAAAAAGAAUAGAAAUAAAAAAAAUCGCAACAAAACAACAACAACCGAGGCACCCGGUGAUGGUGAUGAUACAGGCUUCCGAGGAGGAUUCGGGGGAUACCCUGGAGGAGGUGGGGAAUACGGCGGCGGAUUCAAUCCAGACUUUGAUGGCGACGGCAGGGGAAGUGACGGAUGUGGAGCUGGUGGUUGCGGAUCUGACACAAGUAUUACAACAACUACCCAACGACCCAAUGUUAGUGAUGUUGAUGAACAAGGGCUGCCAAUUCCUGAUCCAAAGGAGGACACCACAUCAUCGGAGGAAGCUCCUCGGACUUUAGAUGAAUUUUCGAUUGGACCUGAAGAAGAUGGCAUUACAUCAGCCCAGAGUGCAAAAGUUUACUCCAUCCCUCCUCCUGGGUUUGACGGGUCGGAUAGCAAGGCUGACGAUGCUCCAGCUGAAAUGAAAUCUUUAACUAAUGAUGUGAAAACAAUAACUGAGAAUAAUGUUUUGGAAAGAAAUUCGAUCGAUAUUGGUGAUGGGCUAACAGCGGACAAAAUUGAAAAAUCUGAUACACCAAGCGAAAACAAGAACGAGGAUGCUUCGAUGGUCGGUCGAUCAAAUUCAUUCACAAAAAAGUAUUGGUACUAUCCCCCCGCACCAGUUCGAUGUGCUGGCCAAUUAUUCGACCCCAUACGCUACUUUUGCUGUUCCGGUAAACUCUACUGGAAAACUUUCUUUUAUCGUUAUUAUUGGUACAGCAGUGUGCCGUAUGUAGACGCAUGUUGCUGCGGAACGCCGUACAAUUCGCAAAUAUCAUUUUGCUGUAAAGAUAGGGUGUACUCGAUCGAAAAGAUUGGUCGACCAGGCUAUAUUGGUUGCUGUAACGGCCAAGCAUACAACAAAGACAAGCAGUUGUGCUGUGGUGGAAAACUGUACAACAAUGAAUAUGGAUGUAGUUUGCAAUGCUGCGGUAGUAAGGCGUACAGUAAGACAAACGGCUUGUGUUGUAAUGAUAUACUCAUACCGCGUAGAGGGAACACUCCAAUGUCGUGCUGCGGGAACAGCGUUUACAAUCCCCAAACUGAAAAAUGCUGCGGAAAUUGUGCGACAAAAUUGGUUUCAGGGGAGGAGUGCUGUGGGGAAGGUAUAUACAAGCCUGCAACGGAGAUAUGCUGUGGGGGAAAGGCGUAUCCCAAGAGCAGAUACAAUUCGUGUUGCUGGAAUCCUCCUAAUGGAGUCGGUAGUCGUCCGUACGAUAGUCGAAACUAUUUAUGCUGCGGGAGCAGAGUGUAUCGUAAAAUAUACGGCAUUGGCACGAAAUGUUGUAGCUGCUACAUGAAUGGGAAAUACAUUGCAAAGAUUUAUAACAACGCCAAAAGUCGAUGUUGCGGGUGUCGCGUUUACACUAUGCCCAACCCCAGUUACACAAGUUGUUGUUGCAACUAUAAAUACUAUUACUUCAAUCGAUACUGCCCGUACUUCCCGUAUUACUAUUACUUCCCCAGGCCAUACUAUUACCAUCACAACUAUCCGACAUGUAGACUUAUAGAUCCAUCUCAACAUUCCUGCUGUAAUGGCAAUGUAUUUGAUAAGUUUGGGCCAUACGACAGAUGCUGUAACACUGUACGCUACGAUAGAAGAUAUUACAUCUGCUGCAAUGGACAAGUGAGAAAGAGAGUGAGCCCAACGACAACAACCUGCUGUGGAACAGAGCCGUAUAACUACCGUGAAAACACAUGUUGUUACAACCAGGUUCUCCGAAUAACUGAUGGCAAACGCUCAUGUUGUGGAUACGAACUAUACAACUACAAGACACACAAAUGCUGUAAUGGUAUUGUGAUACCCGGUGGGAACAACUAUAUAUGCUGCGGGAACAGAGCGUGGGACGGCACGCUUUAUGGAUGUUGCGGCAAUGAACCAUUUUAUAAACCACGUUGGAGUUGCUGUAAUGGCAUGAAAGUCAAAGGCGGAGGCAAUGAUGCAAGGUGCUGUGGGCUGAAGACGUAUAACAUAAACACACAUUUAUGUUGCUGCAGAUGCAUCCAUCCGAAACAGUCUUCGGACCAGAGUUGUUGCGGCUCCCGCACAUAUGACAGGCGAAAUGAGAAGUGUUGCCGUAACACUGAUACGGUUGUCCCAUCAAAUCAAAUGUGUAUUGCGGGGAGUUAAUUGUUGCUGAAUUGAACUGUGUCUGUUGAACCAUCACAUAUUUAACAACAACAUGCAUGUAAAUAGUUCCAAUUCAAAUAAACAGUAAAUGUACUGCAAUAAUUACUUUCCGUUACAAUAAGGUUGCUUAGCUAAUGUAUUUUACGAAUAUG